AUGAGCUCUCAAACCGGACUCAUUGUGCCUGCAGGGCAUUCACCUCCAUUUGCGACAAUAACACCAGACGACCAUACGGCAUGGAUAUUGAUCGCUACGGCACUUGGCCUGGCUUGCUAUCUUUUCUUCGGCGGCAUUAGAGUCCUGGUCCGAGCUACGAUCAGCCAUGGCUUUGACCUGGAUGACUAUGUCCUGUGUGGUGCCACCGUCCUCGCCAUAAUCCAGUCAUCUCUUGUAUUGGGAGCAUGCUCCAAGGGCCUCGGAAAAUCUGUUGAUCUGGUCUCACCGGGCGCGCAGGAAAGUGUACAGAAGUUGUACUAUACAAGCAACUUGUUCUUCAUCAUGGUCAUUGGGCUCGCGAAAAUUUCCGUCAUCUGCUUUCUCAGUCGGAUAUCAAGGAUGAGACAACACAGACUUGUCUUCAACAUCGCCAUGGGGUUGGUUGGCGCCUGGACCUUUGGCUCGCUACUCGCCAUGGCGCUCCAAUGCAAUCUGCAAAAUCCAUGGAUCAUCGUGGGGCAAGACUGCGCGGGCACAUCACGACGAUGGCAAGUCAUUGAUUUGCUCGAUAUUAUAUCAGAAGUUGGGAUUGUGGGCCUAGUCGUUUUUCUUGUCUACACCUUGCAGACCUCGAUAUCUAGCAAGUUGACGGUUGUGGCAAUCUUCAGUUUCCGACUUUUUAUCAUCAUUUUCAUCGCAUAUCGGCUGCACACUUUUGAUCAAGAUGGAUAUACGACCAAUCCAUUUCUCCUGGAAGCGCCAUUCAUUGCCUGGGCGCAAAGCCAGAUCUGUUAUUCACUGAUCUCCGCGACGAUCCCGACUUUCCAAAACUUCCUCAAAAACUUGAAUACUGGCUUUGGCGGCAUCGGAUCUGCAGGCGGUUAUGGCUACGGCUACGGCUACGGCAGUGACAGUGCCAACCGGACUCGGGGUCAACAGGAGAGCAACAUGAGCUUUCAGAUGUCGAAAUUGAGAUCUGCAAACAAAAGCGUCGGGCUCGAAGAGCCAGAUGCGGACGACGAAGAUCCCGGCAGACACCUGGGACACAACCAGUCCAAGAGCAGCGACGCCAUCCACGGGGUCACCAAUGGUACAACGAUGGGCCCCUGGAGCAAUGCCAACAACAAGGACGCCGUUAACAACGGCGAGACGACCAGCAUCGCCAGCGAUGAAAGCCGUCGAAUGAUGAUCAGGAAGGAGAUUCAGUGGAGUGUGAGGACGGAGCCCAGGGCGUAG